GCUACGGCUCCUGGUUGUCAUUCAUUGUGCUGCGAGCACGGGUAGCGACAAGGACCAAAAAUCUUUCCAGCAGCAGUUGUUGUCCCUGGAAGGGCUGGUAUCUGUUUCCCCUCAUCAGUACACCUCUCUGGUUUCAAGUGCGUCUCUUCAAGGAGAAUAUCUGUGACACAUUACAAUGCUUCAAAUAAGGGACCUCAUCUGGGGGCUGCUGCUCAUUGGCUGUGCAGCUGCCAUCCAGGUGGAAAUCACUCCAGCACAAGGAGAGAUCAGCGUAGGAGAGUCCAAAUUUUUCCUCUGCGAAGUGGUGGGGGAUGCUAAAGACAUAGACUGGUACUCCCCAAGUGGUGAGAAGAUCCUUGCCAACAGGCCAGACAUUUUUGUGAGUCGCGCUGAUGAAACCACCUCGAUUCUCACUAUAUACCACGCCAAUGUGGACAACGCUGGUAUCUACAAGUGUGUGGCAAAAAAUGGGGAGAUUGAAGCACAAGCUACGGUCCAAGUGAAGAUCUUCCAAAAGAUCACCUUCCAGAGCGCUCCAAGCCCACAAGAGUUCAAUGAAGGCGAUGAUGCUGACAUAGUCUGCAAUGUGGUCAGUUCACCACCACCCACCAUCAUUUGGAAGCACAGGGGCUCCAAGAUCCAAGCUGCUAAAGAUGUACGAUUCAAGAUCAUGGAUAAUGGCCACUUGCAGAUCCGGAGCAUCAAGAAGACAGAUGAGGGCAUGUACCACUGUGAGGCUCGUGUCAUGGCCAGGGGAGAAAUUGACUUCAAGAUGAUCAAGGUCAUUGUUAACGUGCUUCCCACUAUCCGUGCCAGGCAGUCAGAGGUCAACGCUACAGCGGACACCCUCAGCUCUGCCUUGUUGGCUUGUGAUGCAGAUGGCUUCCCUGAACCCACUGUCACUUGGACACGUAACAAUAUUGUCCUUGAAACGGGUGAUAAGUACAGCCUGAACGAGGAUGGUUCAGAAUUGGUAAUAAAAGAUGUCACGAAAGUGGAUGAAGGAGAUUACACUUGCAUCGCAAAGAACAAGGCAGGAGAGAAAGCUGAAGAAGUCAGCCUGAACGUGUUUGUGCAACCCCAUAUUACUUACAUGAGUAACCAAUCUGCCUCAGAGUUUGACGAGGAAGUCAUCUUUACUUGUGAGGCUUCAGGUGACCCAACACCCACCAUCUCCUGGAGUUUUCAAAACAGACAGUUCACAGAAGGAGAGCAGGCUUCUUGGACACGACCAGACAAAUAUGAGAGCCUUGAUAGAAAUAUUGUGGUACGCAGCCAUGCAAGGGUGUCCUCUCUCACCUUGAAAAACAUCCAGUUCACCUACGCCGGCCAGUAUCUCUGCACUGCCAGCAACUCCAUCGGUCAGGACAACCAGCACAUGUACCUGGAAGUCCGCUAUGCUCCAAAGAUCCAGGGUGAAGUGACAGUGUACACGUGGGAGGGAAACCCAGCCAACAUCAGUUGUGAGGUGGAGGCUCACCCCAGAGCCUCAGUGGUCUGGUUCAGAUAUGGCCUCCAGCUGCCCACCGCCAACUCCACCGGCAUAACAAUAUACAACACGCCAACCAUUAGCUACCUGGAGAUUACCCCUGAUUCUCAGAAUGACUUUGGGAGCUACAACUGCACAGCAACCAACGUAAUUGGCACUGAGUCCAAAGAGUUCCUUCUUAUCCAAGCAGAGGUGCCAUCAGCGCCGGAAAUUCAGCGAGUGGAACCUUUCUCGAGCACAGCAGUAGUAGAGUUUGAGGAGCCAGAUUCCAUGGGUGGUGUGCCCAUUAUCAAGUACAAAGUAGAAUGGCGUUUACAUGGCCAGAGCUGGACUGGCAAGGAGUAUGACGCUAAGGAUGACAUGACUAGGAUCACCAUUGUUGACCUGAAACCAGAGACCGCCUAUGAGGUCAAGAUGUCUGCCAUCAAUGGCAAAGGUGAAGGCGAGAGCAGCCUGCCCAGAGCUUUCACGACCGAGCCAGUUCUUUCAUCAGAGGUACCGCCCCCUAUUGCUGCCACCAGUAUGGCCCGUAAAGGGGAACCCAGUGCUCCCAUACUAGAAGUCAAGGGACAAAAUGGGGGAGAAUCUCUUAAGGUCAACUGGACCACACAGGAUGAUGGUGGUUCCCCCAUUGAACGUUACCUGGUCAGAUACAAGGCUAAGCAUGUAUCUGACUGGAAACCACAGCUUCGCCUUCCCCACAACAGUGAGCAUGUGGUGCUGAAUGCACUGGACUGGAAUACAGAGUAUGAGAUUCACGUGGUGGCAGAAAAUCAGCAGGGCAAGUCGGAGCCUGGUAUCAUCUCCUUCAGAACUGGCACAAAGCCCACUGUUAUCCCAGCCGUGGACAGUGGCUCAGGCCUUGGCACCGGAGCCAUCGUAGGCAUCCUCAUUGUUGUCUUUUUCCUGCUGUUGGUGGGCGUAGACGUCACCUGUUACUUCCUCAACAAGUGUGGACUCCUCAUGUGCAUUGCUGUUAACUUCUGUGGGAAGACGGGCCCAGGUGCCAAGGGCAAGGACAUUGAGGAGGGCAAGGCAGCAUUCACGAAAGAUGAGUCUAAGGAGCCCAUUGUUGAGGUGAGAACAGAGGAAGAACACACCACAAACCAAGAGGGAGGAGGUCCCACUGAGCCCAAUGAGACCACACCUUUGACAGAACCUGAGCCUGCUGCUGCAAACACCACCUCCACAGUGGUAAACUUGUUCCCCUCCACUGCCACUAACUCAGUUAAUGAGAGCUUGAGCACAGCACAAAGCAGCCCUACUAGCGAAGCCACCACAAUAACCAAAGUGGCCUCUGCCAGCUCCUCCCCCCAAAACAGCCCUGUUGCCCAGGCCAGUUUGUUAAAAGCUAACACCCAGCCUGAUGUCGGGCCCCUGGUCGACCUGAGCGACACCCCUAAUGUCCCCCCCUUAUCCAGCCCAACGCUGCCUGUAUCAGAGCCAGUCAGCCCACCCUCCUCUAAUGUCGAUGGAUCACAGAGCCAGUGUGGCCCAGUCAAAGCCCCUGACAACAUCCUGAAUAAGGACUUACAAGUAGACGGUCCAACCAAGGAUGUCCCCAGUGCCCUGUGCACAGACUCGACCACACCAGCCCAAAAUGAUGGUAAGACUGUGAAGGACGGUAACGCUAAAGGCGAGACUGAGUUGAAGAACGCCACAGCCGAGGUGAAGACAGUUCCCAACGAGGCUCCCCAGGUGAACGGCAAUGAAAGUAAAGCGUAACCUCCUCACCCGAAAGCACCAGAAAGAAGAGGGUGGUUGGGUUUGGAUUUUUAAGGUUAAGAGAAGGGGGUCACCGUCACUGAAAUCUCAAAGUAAUGUCACACACCAUACCACUGCUUCAGAACACCAAGAGAAAAAAGAAAUCAUGGGUCUCUUUCAACAGUGUCUUCUGACCAGGAAAACGUAAAGACCUCAUACAUGCCUUAGUUCCUUUUACAGUAUGUCACUUUCUAUUUGUUUACACAAAAAAGAGCAAAAUACAUAGGCCACUUAAAUUCACUGACUGUUAAAUACAGAAAUCAACUAUUUUCCUCUAGAUAGCCAUGGUUUGAAGUGUAGCAUAAUUUCACAGAUUACUGCCUACGUUAUGUACACAUAUGUAAGACUGGUGUAUUACCAGUACAGCUAUUCUUUAUGCAGUAUGGCCAUCAUCCUGGUAAUGGAUUUGGGUUUUUUUUUUCCUGUGUGGAUAUUUAGUUGGGUUUAAAUAAUAUGCAGACAUUGGUGCCAGUUUAGCCUCUUUUUUUUUAUCUGGUAUUUCCAGCCCUAGAGAGUAGAACACUAGCAUGCCCCCUUUUUUAAGUUACUGUAUUAGGGUAUGCAUUGCUGUCAUUUGGUUCCAUGUAGACAUUUCUAAAUGCUAUCUCCAUGUGGUUGUGGUCAAGAAAUCAUGUAGCCCGUAGCAAGAGAAAGAUUUAUCAAGCUGUAAAUGUCUAGGGUUAUGGGUUUCAACCCGGUCUCCUUUAAAAAUGAUGUUUAUAUACCUUUGCGCAAUAUAUUUUGGAAAGAAUGAUACAUUAUUGUGUUGCAUAUGAUAAAAGGGGAGGUGAUCAGGCUUGAUGGUGAGUGUACAAGAUGAAGGACAACAUGUUUUGUGUGCUGUCAUGCAUGUUGUUAGGUCUAGAAUACUAAAAUUGCUUGGUUAAGUUUUGGGAAAGGUGAUGGUUGAGACAACAUACAUACAUUGCUGCUGAUCAUGUCAGGUGUAUUCAGUAUGAAAACUUUCUAAAAUGUUUACUUAAUAUGUUGAUUAAAAAAAAUUGUUUCCUUCAGAAGAUAGUUGUUGUUGCAAAUUCUGUAGCUGUAUAUGAACAUGAUUUUUAGGAAAUAGGGAUGGGGUACGGUUUAGGAUAUGGUUGCAUUUAAGAUUAUAGCUGUGUUCCUUUUCAGGGUCAGCGUCCCUCAAAAUUCCAACCAUGUCCCAUUGCAAAGGGGAAAUACUGCCUUACUUACCUGGAUUUGAUUGAAACUACUAUUGCAUUUAUUAUGUCUUGCUUUCAAUUGUUCAUACUGCUUCCAGUCCUCAUCAGUCUGCUAAGUCAGAAAAAAUAAUACGACCAAAUAUACAAGGUGUAUUCAUACGGUCACUGGUCAGUGUAUUAUAUGCAAAGGACUGAUGAUAAGGGAUGUUAUAUGAUGUAAAUAAUGGGAGCUAGGCUUAAAGUCCACUGUUUCUUCUUUGUGGUAGCUGUGUUGUGAAUGUUAAUUAAAUUAUAUGGAUAGAUUUAGCGGUAACAUUGUGCACUGUUUGCUAGUUAUCCAUCAUGUCUUGAAUUCACCACAACUGUGCCUGAACUGUGAACUAUCCCAGGCUAAUUCCUACUUGCAGUUUUUGGCCUCUGGAGUUGAUGAGGGCCACGUGUUAGUUUUGGUCUUUGUGAAGCUUGAAUGAUGAUGCUAAAGUGGAGCCUCUGUAAACCGUCUCAUCUUGUAAGCCCACUAGCCAUCAGUGCCAUCCUUUGUAAACCACAUACAACAGAGGAGUUGGCGCCUGUAAUGGGACACAGCUUACAGCAUGUGUGUGUUGGUUUUCUUUAGGUUAAUGUCAAAACACACUUUCUGCAACCUGCAGCUGGUCUCAUAUAUUCCGCUCCAAUCUGUAAUGUUCACUGCUUACAACUGAAAGAUCUGCAGGCUUAGCUUGCUGAGAUUUGUUUACAGUGCGAGUCACCAAACAUCUGGUCCUAUCAGCCAUUGUUUUCUCACUUUUACCACAACUGUUGUCGGUGUGAAUUUGUGUCAUCACUGCCUCCACCAUCUUGCAGUUAAGUCUUUAGUUUGUGCCUACAGUGAUAUAACGUAGUACAGUCUAUCACAUUAUCUUAAACUCAUUUUAUCACCAAAUUUGUAGUACAAGGUUCAAGGCACCAGUCUUUAUCUGUUACACCUGGUCAGAUGUUACACACGUUCUUUAAAAAGUAAAGCAAAUUCACAUUUAAGUUAUAAAAUAAUACAAAGAAAAUACACCUAGUUCUGUGUAAUUUUUUUGUUGUGCAUUUGUUUGGAGUUUGAUUUCAGUAGUAUUACUUAAAGGACCACACAAAUUUAUUUGGGCAGUUUGGCACAUUGGUCAGUUUGCCCAGUGUCUGAGAGGACUGAUUCAGUAUCUCAGUCUCCGAUAGAAAUCUCUGUUCAUUUUACAUGUCAAAUAGCCACAGACAGCUGCCAUUGUAGUUAGCAUAAGUGCUAGGUAGCCAAGGUCUGUAGUUUAUUUUAUUUGAUGAAAAUACAUCAUUUGUUUCCCAGAAACAAAAAAGGAAACUGCAUUUGUUUUUGCAUGUGGCAGCAUCCUCACUGUGUUUGGUAGUGCUAGUCUAAGUGUGGAUGAUGAACUAAAACACUGCAAAAAGCAUACAAUAAGCUGGUCAAGUGAUCAUCAACUAUUUCUUGUUGCCUGUAAUAGUUGAUUUGUAUUUCUGUGGAGCAGCCUAAUGCUGGCCCUGCUCUGAUUGUUGUAGGCAUUUUGAGCAUAGGGAUCUUGUCCACAAGUAUGUGUAACCUCAUUCAUCGCUUUCACCAGCGCCACACUGUCUCUGUCCACCUUACAGACCAGCUCAGACCAUCAACCAGUCAGGUCUACCAACAUGCAUGCAACAAGUACAGUUUCUUACCAGCUUUUUAUGUUUUUAUACUCUUGGUGUAUAAAGGACACUAUCAAAUUUUUUAUGCCAAUUGGCUUUGGUUAUUUAGCACACUUUGUGCCUGCAGUGAUGUGACAGUCCAAAGCCUAAACUGUUACAGGGCCUAAGAAUCCCCAAGGGAAACUGAGUAGCAUAACUCUGUUUGGCUUAAAUUGAGAUUUUAAUAUUAUGUCUGUAUAUGAAUUACACUCCUAAAUAUAUAGUGUAAGCAUAACCUUUCUGUGGUCCUUUUUUCAACAAAACAAAAAUGAAUAAAAAUUAAAUUUGGCCUCUUUCAACUAGCCAUGAAGUAAAUUGGUCUGGAGUUUAAAGGUCAUUUUUAUGCAUAAAAAAAUCAGUGAGAGGACCAAAUGUUUUCCUGAGCCAUAGUACCCAGCUGUGGAUUUGGAGGAAUAAGUCUGGUUGUCCUUUUUUUUUUUUUUUGUACAGUGUUCUUUCCACUUUAGACUGCAAGCUAGUACACUGUGAAUGUGUGAAUCCAUUGUGUCCUUUGUCAUGGAGUUGAGCAAAUAGUUUGAGUGUGAAAAGAUGUAGCCAAUAGUGUGCAACGGAAUUCCCAAUGCCAUUGUACAGAAGUCCAACAGCAGCAAACUAGACAGACACAGUGCCUUUGAAUAAGAAAAUGGUGGCGUGCAUUCAUUUCUUCUCAGCAUCUGUCUAUUAAAAGUGUCAUCUUCUUUCUGCCAAUUUGCUUUUUCAUUUACUACAUUUCACAAUUGUAAAUUAAGCAAUGCAUUGUUUAAAUUGUCUGAUAUAUUCUGAAUGGCUGCAUUAAUGUGUUCCGAUAUACUGUAUAUGAUGGGUUCUUUACACUUGUUUUAGUUUAUUACAAUUUAGGUCUUACGAGGUUUGAAUUUCAUUUCUGUCAUCAUAAUGACAGAAAUGAACUUAAUUGGUAAAAUUUAUGGAUGCAUAAAUACAUUUUACAAAUGAAAGGGCAAAAAGACACAAUCUGAAAAAGAUCCAACAGUAAUUUGCUUCAAUCCAAAACCAAAUAAGUCACUUAGAUAAUCUGACUCAGCUGUUGGCUUGUUAAACACUUAUCUGUUUCUUGUCAGAUUUUGUUACUCUAAUUUUGUCAUGUUCCUGGGACUCGCCAGUUAGCACCGCAAGCAAUAGAAAGAUGGUCAAAACAACAAAAUUCAGACCCAUGUUGUAAUAAACUGGAGGAAAUAUUUGGGUAUAUUUGACUCUUCAUCCUAGAGAACGGCAUCACGAGAACAAAAUCUAGCAAACAUCGUGUCGAAGUACAAGACACAGUGACACUUUCCUCAGGUUGCAUAAUUUCUAAAAUAUCAGAAAUGAAUCAAGUUGGAUUUGUCAUGAGCAAGCAUGCAAAAUAUAUUAGAAAUUGGUAUUAUUACUAUUACUGCUUUUGAUAUGGAAAUAAUGAAGGCUUCAUGUAUUGUAUUGACUUUUUUGCAGUUGUUAUGUAACUUGUCCUCUUUCCAGGCCUUUUUUGUUUGCUUCACAAAAAAAAAACUUUUUGCUUCAUAAAGCUCUAAAAUGUAAUAAAAAGUGAGAACUGUCAUAAGCAAAUUUUCAAUUUCUGCUGAAAUACAUGGUGAAAAUGUACAAAAAUAAACAUGAGGGGGUUUUUUUCUUUUUUUUUUUUUUUGGUUUUGCUUGUUUUGUCCAAUACUAGCUUCAAAUGCUUUGCAAAUGUGGGACCAAUUUUUGUGCAAGUUUACAUGAAAACUUUUGUACCCAUGUCAACUCCUGAAAUUCAUUGGACAAGGACGACAGUGGGUGGACUAGUUUUCCUUGCUGAGAUACCUCAAAAAUGCAAGAAUGACCCAAUAGUAGCCUUGCAUUUUUCUGAGUCCAGCACUUGAUUCAGUCAGAAUAAAGACAUCUGGAAAAUCUUUUCAUCUUGCUCAGUAUUUGCAAGGAAUAGAAAAGAACCAUGAAUUUUCCAGGGUAAAAAAAACAAACGCAUCCUCCUAAGGUGUUUGUUGCUUCACUUCAACUGCUUCAUUCUUGAGUGGGUACAGCUCUUAUACAGUGCGUCAAACAUACAAUGCUAGUCUUAUGUGUAUCUUAAACCUGCAGGGAUGCAUGCUCAGCUGUACAAGACCUUUUAAUGAUUCUAAGCAGCAAACAAGCAAAAGUAUUGCAGCAGAGGCAGCACUUUGACAGCGCAGACUUUGUUCCAUAAGCUGAUGUCUCAGCACUAGCGUUCCUUCAUCAGAGCUUAGAUUGGUAGGCUACUAUUCCUCUGUCCACGGUCACCAAUGUAAAUAAGGAAUACUAACCGAGGAAAGAAAGAAAAACACGUUUUGACUUUGCAUUCCGCCAGAAAUUCUUGUGUUCAAUAAAGUUAAAGAAAAAAAGCACUAUUGUACAACUUUUAUUUUUCAACAAUAUCAAUGUGUGAUAAUUGCCACAUACAUAUACAGGUACUAUACUGUAUAUAUAUGAUUACAUGAGGUAUAGUAUUCCAGUAUUGUAACACUUUUGCACCCAGUUAACAAACAUAUUAAAUAUGAUUGUGUUGAAAUACAGCCUUCAAGGUUCAAGUCUGAACAGUAAGAAAAGAAAUCUUU